AUGCAGUCCAUCAACAACACCCAACCAGUUCAAUCCUUCACCAUCACUCAGGCCUUCCUGGGUGCCCCCCUUCAAUUUACUCCCGCACUUGGCUCGAAGGAGUUGGAGCAAUUGGUCGACGUCUACGUCCUCGGCAACGGCUCCAAGGCUGAGAAGCUUUCUGAAGUCACCAUUGACUUCUACAAUAAUGCCAUUGUUGAUCUAACCAAUGGUGCCUUGGUUCGCACUUACCAUGUGUUCCCGCUUUGGGAUGCUUUGGAGCAGUCACCAACCGAGUCUUACUCAUCUGGCUUCAGUCCAGCAUUCUACACACCCUCGCCAGCAUCCUCAGCUAUGGUGAGCGAUUUUGGAUCUGGGUCUAUCUCGGUUGGAGGCAUAACCCAUUCUUCGCGAAAGUCGACUGGCCGAGUGUCCAAGAAGGCUUCGAGCAAGAAGGAAACCAAGAAGGCAGCCGAAGUGCGUCUCCCGGGAUUCUCAAUCAUGACCAAGGACGGGGUCGAUGUUACCUCAACCGCCGGUCGGGGCACCAAAACCAAGGAGCAGAGAGAGCAUGCCCAUCUCAUGCGCAUCAUGAAGGCUUGUGAUGCGUGCAAGAAGAAGAAGAUCCGAUGUGAUCCAUCUCACCGCCGCGCAGCUGAACCAUCACGAUCAUCAACUGUUUCCACAAGCACUAGUAAUAGCAGCUCAUCAGGAUCCAAAAAUAGUCCUUCAAGCGGAAGCACGAGUGGUAGUGGUGGUCCUUCAUUCUCUACAUCAAUCUCAACCCCUUCAUCCUCACAGCAAGCGACCCCACCAUCAUUUGAGACAACACCGUCAUUUAACACAAUCGACGAUUUCGUUCUCUUCCCCGAAGAUAAUGUCGCAUGGAACGAUUUUGACUUGGGGCCUGUCGAGGAAACAGACCUGAGCCACUUCAACUUCGACAUUAAUGGAUUGGCCGAUUACCCACCAAUGGCCGCUCCAUAUUUCAGUCCUUGGUACUCGAGCGCUGAAGCACAAUCCGCAUUCGACGUGUCUGAUCAAUGUGGUCAAUGGAGUCCACAAUUGCAGAUCCAACCAUUAGACAGCUCGCACAUGGAACGAGCACGUGGUAGUACCGUGAAUGACUUCUCGCCCUCGCCACUCGAUGUGUUGAAUCCGUCUAGCCAGGCAGGCUCCCGUCUACAAGGGGUCAUGCCGAACGCCCUGGCGGUACUCGAUUCAUCAGAUGAUUCGCGGCAAUCGAGCCAGAAACCGCAGAGCUACAGACUAGACAGCUCACAAUCCAGCGGAUCGCUGGACAGAAAUUCUGACCGCUUCCUACAACCGACACUCGAUCAAACGAGACAACUGAGUGAACACAUAGAAUCCUAUGGCUCCGAGGGCUCAAGCAUGAAUCAAACCCAACUGAGCCGAGAUGGCUCACCUCAAUCCGCUGGCUAUGCCUCGGAUGGUUUGAAACCUCUCGCUGGAACUCAAGAGCAGUUGGACAGUCAAUCAAGAUUGAAUCGACAGUUACCGAGUCGCUGGAACGCAACUCAAUUACAAUCAGAUCAACAAUCACUGACGCACACAGAAUGA